AGAGGACCGUUACCGUAUCUAUCUCUGUCAUGCGCUGUCAAGCCAGACAACUUCAUUCCUUGCGUAAACAAAGCAGAACCAAUUUUAAAACAAGAAUCAUUCCCUGAAUCGCCCCGCGGACAAACGUGUGUGAAAAUUGAAGCUCGGUUAAAGCACAAGUGUUUCGCGUUUUCCUUCUUGUAUUUCUCACUUGGAUUAGACAAGUAAUGAACUGCUACCGCCCGCCUUCCGUCGUGUUGUCAGCGAGACCCCGCGCAGAAAAGUUUGCCUAAAGCUCACAUCAUCUUCAACUAUUAUCUUCUUAUCGGUAUUUACCCGGUGUGUCUAUAGGCUCAAAUCCCGAGCGCUCUACCUUAGCAAUGGUACCAGGAGACCGUAGAAGGCCUCUAGAGUGGCCGAGGAUGCUCUAGUAAUUAAUGUUCUUGACUGAAAGAUGACAGUUUCUCCGUGGUGAUGGCAGGAAUGCAGACUCGCUCUUAUACUUUACAAGCAUCCAAAACAACGUACACACCUACCAUUGCCGCUACCGCUAUUGUAGCCACCACAGGAACCCCAUACAUGCGCGGGACUUCACCCAACAGUACUGAUGCUCCGAGUGGUAUAGAGGAUGUAAUCUUGGUGUUUGUCGCGGGCUCAGUUCCCAGUCUCGUCAUUCUAUGCCUGCUGUGUUUUCUCGUGUACAAUAAGCUACUGGCUUGGAGGGAUCGGCGCAAGAUAAGGGGAAACCACGCCAAUGGGAUGAAAAAUGGGGUCCAUCGUAACACAACGCGGUCAUCAUCGACGAUCAACUCGACGGCGGAACCAAACCCUUCCCGCAAGCACAACGGAAAAACCAGCUGCCAACACCGAGUGAUCAUCGAAGACAACAGCGAGAGCAUGGUUAUGGAGCAUGUGCCUCUUAGCCAGACAAUCUCUACCUCAGUAGUCACGCAUGCGCACGUGAACGGGGGCAGAGCUAGUAAUAAACGGCCACUGACGUCAUCCCACGUGACAGCACAGACAAGAAAUGAAAAGUUACCACUGACGCAUGCUCAAAAUGAAGAGGUGGCCUUAACGCGGGUAGAUAGAACCGAGGACGAUCCGGGACGUCGGGAGGAAGAUACGCAGUGCUUACAGGGACUCGAAGACAAGAUGUCUAAAGAAAAAAUCAGAAAUAAACUUCGUAUGCGUUAUCUAUUGCAAGAGGAGGCAGCAUCGACAGAUCUGCCCCUGCUCGAUUUGGUUUUAGCGUGCAAAACCACAGGGAUGCCAAUCGAUCUAGGUCUACAUAAUGGAACAAUUGAAUCCUGUCAACCAAGCCUUACGUCAUGCGUUACCAUAGAAACCACGACAGAGAUAGGAGAAGGCCCCCUUAACGAGAGCUCAGGGCGUGGAUACGAGUUAGGUACAUGUUAUGAAGAGAAGUGUCAGAUACUAGAGUCAAGUACAAGGACAAGAGCGUUAGCAGAACGAAAGCGACAAGCCAGACAACAGCGCUGGAGAAAAAAAGACGCACAAAAGUACAGCCCAUCAAGAGAAGAAUACUAUAGCUAAAUAAAAUAAAAACAACUUGUAUUUAUUCGCGCUAACUUAACAAGGCGUAACCUCGUCAUUGUGUAAGGCAUAAGAACCAAGAAUGAUUAAAAAAAAAGUUUAGUUA